UCGUGUCAAUCACAUUCGUUACUCAAUACACCUCAAGCCUUUUGUUGAACACUUGCCUUCUACCAUUGUAAACCCUUAAAAUUCUAAAUAGAGAGACAUUAACUUUAAAUGACAUAUCUCUUGGCUGUCCACAUUUAGUUGCUAAAGUAUUCGUAAUUAAUCCGUAUUCGUUUGUCUUAGGCGUAACAUAUAUUACAAUGUCAUAGUUCUCCGACAAAAUUAAAAACAUGCUAUCCGAAAUAAACCUCACAUUUUGGUCAGACUUUACUUUAUUCUUAGGCCUUGACUUAGUUUUACGAAUAAUCUUGUAACUUUCCGUAGCUUUCAAUACUUGCUGCAAACUGUAAAAACACUUCUUCGGACGUCAGUAUGAAUAUUAAUGCCACAGAAGGACUUCUUGAUUGCUUUUUCGAUCUGCGUUUUCACAAAGCAUUAAAAUUUAAAUUGAUUAAAUGUCAGAUUUAAAAUUAAGAUUCUGAACACUUUCACAGUAUAAAAGACAUUGGAAAGUUUCACGAACAUCAUUUUGAUUUUGGCGUUCAGAUCUCUAAGCUCAAAAUGAACAAUACAUCAGAAUGCAUAGUCACCAUAAACACUGCAGCAAAGUCUACCAUAACAGCACUGGUAUUAAGUGCCAUUGCGCUGGUUUCUCUGCUUGGAAAUAGUCUUCUUAUACUCGUUUUCUUCAGAUCAAAGGCUGUAAAGAAGGCAACGAACGUGUUCAUAAUCAAUAUGGCUGCUUCCGAUCUCUUUUUUCCUGUUUUUCUACUUCCGCGUCAAAUUAUCGCGGCCAUUACAAGAUCGCCACCAGAAUUAUUCCUCAUCCGUGGAGCCAUGGGUUCCUUCCUUUGCAAGAUCUCCACCUUCCUCACUGACGUGUCCAUUACAGUGUCAACACAUUCCUUGGUCAUGAUUACCAUGGAACGGUUUCUUGCUAUCGUUUUUCCAUUCAGAAUUCGUCAACUCUCUUCUAAAACACGUCUCUACGCCAUUUUGAUGGUGUGGAUCAUAGCGUUGGGGAUUCACUCGCCAUACUUCUACACAUAUAGAUUGACGAGUUCAGGAAGAUGCGAGUACAACUGGGAACCAGCAUUCAACCACAAAAUUACGCACACCCGCUAUUACACCGCCUUGUUUGUGCUGAUUGUCAUUUUGCCCUUCACUUUGAUUACCAUCCUUUAUUCCGUGAUGGUUUGUUGCCUCUUCCUGAACAAGCACAAGCUUGUAAUACAUCGCUCCAGUGAGAAUGCUCCUAGAAGAAGAAGCGGAGCAAAAGAACUCAGAAUGUUAAAGAUAGCAGCGACUAUUGUCAUUGCCUUUGCAGUAUGCUGGGGUCCUUUCAACAUCAUACAGUUCUUUCACCUGUUUGCCCCAUGGAAACUUAAAAAACUUAAUUGCAACAUCGGUCAUGUGUUGACUCAAAUUGCCUUUAUUUUGGCGACUGCCAACUGCACGGUUAAUCCAAUCGUUUGCCUCGUCUAUUUAAGGAACUACCGUUUAAAAGAGAGUUUGGCAAGUUUACGGUCACAAUUCAGCAACAUUUCUAAAGGGAGUCAACGAGAAACUGAAUUGUAAAAUAAGCACCAGGUGGUUGGUUCAAGUGCACUUAUUACGCAUGCAUUUAAGAAAUAAGUACCUUUGCUCAUAAUUUGGUAAUCAAGUUUUAUCAAGAGAUAUGGUAAAUUCUUGAAGAAAACAGUCCAAAUAGCCAACAAAAAUCUUUUUGCAUUUUACAAUAGAAAAAAAAAUGCAAAAAAAUUAAUAAAACAAAACAAGUCAAACUUCAGAAAAAUGAGUAAAGAAUUAGUCCAACAAAUGGGUGAAAAAAAACCAAGAAACAGAAAACGAGAGUAACAACAACAAUAAACAAAAGUGUACUGUUGUGCCGAUACCAACAAUACCGUAGGGAAAAAAUUGAGUUUGCAAAACCAGCGGGCCGUUUUCUUAUUCAUGGUUUUGUCCAAAAUUUUCACUUGAAUCUUUCGCUCAGCGAUAGCCGUUUAGAUCAAACAGGUGACAUGAAUUCACAGGGUACUCCCUUUUUUUCAUUUAUCUAUUUAUCUUUUCUCUUUCCAAUGUGUACAUAUAUGAUGAUAAUUUAAGUUUAUAAAGCCUAUCUUCUGGAGUCGUUGAAUACUUAAUUUUAAUACUUAAAAGUACUGUGGCUAUACACAUUCGACAUGCCAAGCACACAUAAAGGGGCCCUUUUUCCAUUUCCUUUUUUAAGGAAGCAAAAGCCUCUCAGUACCUCUCAUUAUAGGUUAUUGAUUGAUUUUACUCCUCUAUAAGUAUCGUAAGAAGGUAUGUGUUUAGAUUUCAAAUAGGACUAGGCUGUUAUUGUUACAUCGAUCAUAAUUUCUCGUUUUGCUCAAUAGCUUAGCUUGAUUAGUUUUGAGCAAUUUUCAUUAAUUGAAAGCAAUGUGGGAUUUAAAUUCUCAACGCUCCAAUUUUUUUUUCAAACAACACACACACAUCUCCUCAACCAAUACUGAUAUACAAAACUAAAAAGAAUUUCUAUAAUAUUUUGCGUGUUUUUAUACUAAUUUCUCAUUGCCUUGUUGCGAUAAAUACUUUCGCUUUGAUUGACCUUUGUAAUUUCUAAAUUUUAGGUCUUCCAAUAUCUAGAGGAAAAGUACUUUGUCUUUGCGGCAUCAAUACUGCGACUUGAUGAUCAUUUACUAUUUGCAUUUAGCAUAAUUUAUUAACUGAUACAAAUAUUGGCUGACUCCGCUUUUUAGUAAUUUGGAUCCUACUUCGGUCGAAAUUAUCGAUGCAAGAGUAUUAGGAUAAGACGUGACCUGACUACUUCUUGGUGGUAGCCUGGUUUAAAAUAUUCAGCAAUAUUGUUAAAACAUCAUUAAAUUUUACCUGGGCCAUUUUUUAAAUUUUAAUAAAGUGUUUAAUCUUUGGUAAGGCCUUGGUAAUAAAAAUGUGAUGUAGA